AGUCUGGCGCAGGCACACCGGUCUAAUCUGUAGAAGCGCAGCUCUCAUGGUGUGAGAGGAAAAAGUUUUGGCUUCGGUCGUAGCAGCUCUUCUUCCCGGCUUCACCUCUUUAGCUCGUAGAAACCGAUGUGGGAUAGUGAUUGGAGUUGACAAGCCCGCUCCACUACUGUAUCUACUCCCUCCUCCUCCUCCUCCUCCUCCUCUCCGCUCCACACAACCAGGAAAUCGUCGAGGUGUGCUUCUUUAUCCCCACUAGUGGCUACCCCGUUUGCGGGUGUAGAUGCGCUUUUUUCCGCCCGUUUUCCCUCGUGUUUUUAUCCCACUAGUCUGACUUUUAACGCCGGGCUUCAGCUCUGAAGUCUAACAAACUUGCCGACGAGGAGAGGAUCUCCACUCCGGCCAAACAAUGAGUGAGUCGAGUAUUUGCCAGGCUCGGGCCACUGUGAUGAUCUACGAUGAUGGCAAUAAGAAGUGGCUUCCGGCAGGCGCUGGACCCCAGACCUUCAGCAGAGUCCAGAUCUAUCACAACCCCUCCAACAACGCCUUCAGGAUAGUGGGACGCAAGAUGCAGACAGACCAGCAGGUGGUUAUAAACUGUCCAAUCGUGAGAGGUCUGAAGUACAACCAGGCCACACCUAACUUCCACCAGUGGCGGGACGCCCGGCAGGUGUGGGGGCUCAACUUCGGCAGCAAGGAGGAUGCUGCUCUAUUUGCUAAUGGCAUGGCACACGCCUUGGAGGUGCUUAACUCCAUAGCAGACGCAGGUUAUGCAACCCUUCCCCGCCCAGUGUCAAACGGACCAUCACCAGAAGAGCUUGAACAACAGCGGAGGUUGGAGCAGCAGAGGAUGGAACAGCAGGAACGGGAGCGUCAGGAGAGAGAAAGACAGGAGCGGGAGCGGCAGGAAAGGGACAGACUGGAUAGAGAAAGACAAGCUUCUGCAGUCCCUAUUCCUCCACCUCCACCGUUGGCCUCUGGAGGCCCCCCUCCUCCACCGGCCCCUCCUCCACCCCCUGGCCCCCCUCCGGCCGCUAACAUCCCUCCCCCUCCGGGACCCCCUCCCAUGGGACCUCCACCAGCCCCGCCCCUGCCCUCUGCAGGAGGAGGAGGAGGAGGUGGCAUUGGUGGUGGAGAUGGUGGAGGAGGUGGGGGCCUGGCGGCUGCCAUCGCAGGAGCUAAGCUCCGCAAAGUAUCUAAACAGGAGGACUCGGGCCCUGCAACUUCUACAAUAAGCAGAACUGACUCCAACCGUAACAGCAACUCCUCUAUUGGAGGAGGAGGAGGAGGAGGAGGAGGAGGAGGGGGAGGAGGAGGAGGAGGAGGAGGAGGUGGUCUGAUGGGUGAGAUGAGUGCCAUCUUGGCACGAAGGAGAAAAGCUGCAGACACUGGAGAGAAGGCACCCUUGAAGACACAAGAUAAUGAUGAUUCAGAGCCUCAAGGUCAAAGUGACACCCUGAGAAGACCUUGGGAGAAACUGUCUAUGAACAGGAAUAACUCCAUCACCAAGAGCAUGGACUCCACUCCCUCAUUGUCCCAAGGUUCCAGGGCAAAGCCCGCAGGCAACAGUAAUGAUGCAGGUGGAGCGGAUGACUCGGAUUUAGAGAAAAUGAAACAGGAGAUCCUUGAGGAAGUGCGAAAAGAACUACAAAAAGUAAAGGAGGAAAUAAUCGGAGCCUUUAUUCAGGAGCUGCAGAAGAGAAGCACAUAGUUCUGCUGAGUGUCAGUUGUAACAGAGGGAUGUGAUACAUGGAGGUGGUUGAGGCCUGUCGGGACCUCUCCUCCACUGCACCCUCCAUUGUAGCCCAGGGAUUUCUUAUUUUCUCCUACACAUUUUCUCUCUCUCUCUCUCUCUAUCUCUAUCUCUCUCUCUCUGUCUUACACAAACACAUGUGAGCAUACUGGCUUAUGUGUACAUCGUGCAUAUUCACUUCAUGUAAAUGGUAACCCAGGGAACCUCCUCACACCGCCAAACGACACUUUUGAUGAUCACUCACCAAUAUUGUGGCGGUGGUCCCCAUCUAUCCCAUCUCUCCCCUGUUCAUUCAUCCCGUCCCCUCGUGUCCUCUGUGUGUCAUCUGAACCAAUUCAGAACACGCAGCUACAGCCACAGUUGCUCUUCCGAUUUUGUCAUCAUUUAUACUCAUCAUGACCCUCUUUUCUGCAGAAAUCCUGCUACUUGUGACUUCUCCUUCUGCUAUCAGAUGCACCAUUUACUGAUAGAGCAGUUCUCAGUAUUCAGGGACAACCUAUUAGUCACAUUUUUACUGUAAUAGAAAGAUGAUGGGAUUUGACGACAGAUCUUUUUAUCUCUUUCUCAGUUGGUAUACAAUUGUUGAACCUCAGUCACGCCUACAGAUAGCCCAGUUAAGACAUCUGCAAGUAGGUUAUGUCCUCUAAUGGUAAUUAAAGGUGCAAACACAACAACCGAGGAUGGACGAGAGACCCCCCCACCCCACCUCUCUACCUGACUACUGCAAGAAGAGACAAGCAAAGGAAAUCUGAUGGACAACCUGAGUGCUGUGAAAGAGGAGUGUGUUGUAGUUUUAUGAUGUGUGAGAAAUGUAUUCUCUUUGCAUUGCACUUGUUCCAGAGGAAGUGUGACUGUGUGCCACACUGCCUUGACAUACUAUUCCCUCUCACUCAAAAUGAGAUAUUUGUUAGCCAGUGCAGUGGUCCUAUACUGUGCUUCCGCUGGUUUAUUUGCUUCCAUUCUCGCCAUGUUUUCUACUCUCAAAAACAUGAAAAAUGGCCAUGAUUAGGUCAAUUAAUUUGGCCAUGACCAACUGCCUUGAGAAUAAAUAUACAUAUAUAUAUACAUAUAUAUAUUUAUAUUUGUUUUGAGGGAAAAUGUUAGAAAAAAAUGGUGGUGUUUCUAUUUUAAUUGAAAUGACUGGUGAAUGGGGAUUUUUUUUCUUUUUUCUUUCUUUGAUGAUUGUUUUCUUAUGAGAUGUUAUUUUGGGUUUACUGUUUAUUUUUUCUAUUAGAGUCUAGGCUUUUUACACUGAAAUAUAAAGAAAACAGCUUAGAGACACUGGAUUAGAAAUGCCUUUAUAGUCGAAUACAGCUGCUUCUUGAAAUGCAUUACUUUGUCUUGAGUCGUCUUUUGCAUCUUAUUGUAGAAUUGCUUUGAUUCCAAACCAUUCAAAUUUAGGAGCAAGGGACACAAACCUCCUAACUAGUUUGUUCAGUAUGGACAUUUCAAUCACAGCCUGGUUUAUACAUGUAGUGAAAUAGAAAUUUGGAGUUAACUUUUUAAAAGUAAAUCUUUGUCACAUCAGAUGGAAAAUU